AUGGAGAAAAUAGUUAAGGUUCGUCAUAUGAUUUAGUCAUUUCUUACCUCAUUGAUUUCGCUCAUAUGUACAGUACAAUCACAUUCCAAUUCAUAUUUUAUUUACAGAAGUUAGUUCAAUACAAUUUGUGCCAGAAUGUAAAUAUUGUAUAUUGGCAGGUUCCAAUAAGCAUUACACUGGGCAAAAGAUGGACAGGUGGCCAAAUUCAGAAAUGUUGACACAUAUGUAGAAGCAAGAAAAUUAAAUUAAAUCUUGCAAUUUUAUUCAUUUAACCUUCAAAUACAAGAAUAAAACAUGUAAUUUUCUUAACCGUAUGGUAAUAUUACUCUAAGUUAACCACCAUCUGUUGUACCCACCUAUAGGACCUUAACUAAAAAUUUUUUUUGAUAUGAUUUCAAUACAGAAAGUGAUUCCAGCCAAGUACCUGGAUAAGAAGACAAUCUACCAUAUCCAACCAUCAGGAAGAUUUGUGGUCGGAGGUCCGCAAGGUGAUGCUGGUCUCACUGGGCGUAAGAUCAUUGUGGAUUCAUACGGUGGGUGGGGAGCACAUGGAGGUGGCGCUUUCUCUGGGAAAGACUCGUCUAAGGUAUUAUAUUAACUGUUAUAUCAACAGUCGAUUAAUAAAUUAUUAACCAACCAUAUUGCAUAAAUCAUAAGAUGCAACAAAUGUUUGUCCCUUCAAUGAAAUCCAUAUUGGUCAUUUUAAGCCACAGCCGUGCACUUUCAGGACAUGUCCACAUUCCUAAAGCCCAUUAAAGCAGUAAUUUAACCCAACUUGCACAAAAUUGUGGGCAAAAUGGUGCCCAUGCAUUCUCCAAAAUUUUCAAUCUGGUCUACCUUUAUAAAGUCGAAUUUUGGUGGCCAGUGUGAGUGUGAGAGUGUGAGUGUGAUUUGUGGAAGAUGACAGACAUGACAGUAUGACGUAAAUAUUACAUGCAUAACGCUGUGUGUUUCAGGUGGACCGCUCAGGAGCCUAUGCUGCAAGAUGGGCGGCGAAGUCUCUUGUAGCAGCAAAACUUUGCAAACGUUGUCUUAUCCAAGUUUCGUACGCCAUUGGUGUUGCAGAGCCUCUGUCAAUCACUGUGUUCUCGUAUGGUAGUGGAGAAAAAAGUGAUGAGGAAUUAUUAGAAAUUGUGAAAAAGAAUUUCGAUUUUAGGCCUGGCAUUGUGGUUAGGUAAGGAAGAAAAAUCAGUUUGUCUCUUGUCUGAUCCUUUACUGUACCUCUGGGGAGAACAAUUUAGAACCAGUAUAUAUUCAGUAUAAAUAGACUUAUUUUAGUUAUAGUUUCCUCCUGUGGUUACAUGCACUGGACCAAUAAGAGAUGUUUCUUGCUGGACAUCUAGAAUUAAAUUUUGACAGAAUCGAGUAUGUCAGUUUGACCGGUUUAAUUAACAAACGUAUUUUUUGUUCACAGAGAUUUGAAGCUGAAACGUCCAAUUUUUGAAAAGACCUGUAUCUAUGGACAUUUCAAACCAGGAGUGGACUUCACCUGGGAACAUCCCAAAGAGCUCGUGAUCUAAUGGACAGAUGUUCAAUGAAACUUUAAAUUGAAUCUUUCUAUCUUUAAACAAGCGUCGAUUGAUUUAGCAAAUAUUUUGAGUAUUUUUGUCACAUGUAAUCAAAACAGUGCAUUUUUUAAGGUUCUUCAGUGGUGGGGCAAAACUGCCAAAGGGCCCAUUUUGAGGGUCUCCCAGGGGUUUUGGGGGAACAAGGGAACACUGUAAAUUUUACAAUGGGAACAUGUGAACAAAGGAAAACAAAAUUAGGGAACAAGGGAACACGAAAUAUAUUGGGGAACAGGGGAACAAAGCCCCUUUCCUAAAAUAUAUACAAGUGGUACAAUGGCCUAAUGUAUUGUAGAUGAAAAAUGGGCAUAAUAUAUCGUUUUCUCCAAUUUGUCCAACCAGCU